GAACAGCCAAAGAAGAGAGUGGAGGAGCACUUUCAAUAUAAGAGAGUCUUGGAUCCUACCGUACUGAGUGCUGCAGGUGAGCUGAGGAGUAGUUUGACAAAAAUUACUGCUCUGGGCUCAUUUGUGUAAUAAACAACGAUUUGUGUCGUAAGCAAGAAUUUUGUAUUUAAAACCAGGGUCGUGACUGGUAAAAGAAAGGGAAUGGAAAAGAAGAAGAAUCCCUUCGUUUUUAUGGAAGUUUCUAUAGAUCUUUUUUCCUGUAGGAAAGAUGGUUUUUGAGCUAUUCAAAGAUGACGCCCCUGCCUCCGUAGAAAAUUUCUGUGCGCUAUGCACUGGAGAAAAGGGAACUCGGGAGCAAGGUUGUAUUUGUUUUCCCCUACAUUACAAGGAUUCUACCUUUUAUCACUUUGGGAAAGGCGGCUCCUAUGUGAAGGGGGUGAUUUCUGCCAUUCAUACGCCGUACAUGGACAAAGUAUUUAUGGUGCAAAUCUCCCAAAUGAGAAAUCUGCAGUUAAACUUUCUGGAGGAGGAAUUCUGUGCGUUGACAUUCGUGAUCGUUAUAGCCUUGGUUCUCAUUUCACGAUCAAGUUGAGGGAUGAUCCGAUACUUGACAGGUUUCUCGUGGUUUUUGGAAAGCUUGAUAGUAGACAUGAAGUAUUGGAAAAGAUUGUUGCUACUGCGGAUCCUUAUGCACUAAUUGAAGUAACGAAUUGUAGUGAAUGCAAUGAAUGUCAAAAAGACACAUGAGGGUAGGCCUCAUAUAGCAUCUCUUUAGUUUUCAGAAAGUCGAGUACAUACGUGCUUUUAAUAGAGCCAUAUAGGGUUCUUAUUUUGGGUGAUUUGCCUUGCUUAGAAUAUCUAAGCUGUUUUGCUAAAAGAACAAGUUUGUCAAAAUCACUAGUUGAAUUAUCGAGUUCAUCAAGUUUGCAUUUUUACAUGCAGAAAUCAUGUUAACUCACAAACAUGAUGGUAUAGAUACAGACUCCAUACAUCA